AUAAUGAAUGAUAAGAAUGAGGCAAUACCAUAAGAUCAAAAGAAAGUAAAAUAAAAGAAACCAUUGUUAAAUAAUAAAAUGGUUAAGAAACAAAAGAUGUAAAAUAAAAAGGAAGAGAAUUUGAGAGAAAUUUUAAAUUUUUAUACAAAUUAAGUAGAUGCUAGAAAAUUUUUGUAAAAAAUGAAAGCUGUAGUAGAUUCUCAUUAAUAAGAAAAGAAGUAUUAAGAUGAUUUUUUAAAUCCAAAUGAAUAUAGUGAGAUGUAAGAUAUAUAUGAAGAUUAUAAUAUGGGAGAUUUAGUAAUAGUAUUUCCUAAUCCUGAUGGAGAUGGAGUAAAAAAUCCAGCAAUAACAUAUAAAGAAGCUGAGAAAUUUUAUGAUGAGACUUUAGCAUAAAAAAAUGAUGAUGUUUCAGAAUCAUAAUUAAAAAAAGAGAAAGAAGCAUUUUUGUUAGCAUUUUUAAUGCUUGAUGAUUAUGUAGAUGAUAAAACAAGAAAGAAACUAAAAGAAGAAGAGGAAAAAAAGAAGAAAGAGAAGGAGGAAGCAGCAAAGAAGGAACAUAUAGAUUCUUAGGAGUAGGAUUCAAAAUCUCCACAUAUUGAAAAAUCAGAAUUAGAGAUUAGAAUGAAGAAAACAUAAUAAUUAAAAGUUAGUUCAACUCCAACAUAGACAAAAAGAGAGAGAGGAGGUGUAUCUUAACAUUCAUAGAAAGAUAAAACUGAGAGACCUAAUAAUACAUCAUUACAUUCUUAAAGAGACAAAGGAGAAGGUGGAAAUGUAUCAAUACAUUCUUAAAAAGAAAAAGAAAAAGAAAAUAAGGUUUCUAAUUAAGAGAAAUCUUAAACUAAAUAAAGAGAAAUAGAUAUUAAUUUGAGUGAUUUUGAAAUAGAUAUGGAUUUAGAUGAUUCUGAUUUACAUGAUGAUGAUGGAGAAGUAUAAGAAAAGGAAGAAGGUUAAGAUAAUGAAUUAGAUUAAGAAAAUUAAGAUAAAAAAAAGAAAAAAGAAUUAAAUAGUUAUGAAAAGUAUUUAUAAUUUAUGGAAAAGUAUAAAAAAAUAUAAUAAGAAAAAUAAGAAAAAUUUGAUAAAGAAGAAAAAGAAGCAUUAAAUAGAAAAUUAAAAGGAUAAACUUCAAAAAAAAACAAUUAAGAUAAAUCUAUAUCUGAUAAUGAUAUUAGCAUGAAUUAACUUAAUAAAUAAAAAUCAUAAUUUAAUCCAGAAGAUGAUUCUAAAUAUAUGGAUCCAAUUAAAGAACUUUUUAAAAUUAAUUUAAAUGAUCCUAAAUAAUUUACUAAAGUUAAGAAACAAGUUAAUUUAGGUAGAUAUUUAGAAAAAGUUAAAGAUGAAACAACAAAUGAAGAAAAUUGGAUUAGUAAUAAUUAACCACCUAAAGAUUUUAUGACCUUAAUUAGAUUUACUAUAAUAGAAAAAUUAAUGCGUAAUGCUUUUUUACAUUGUAGAUAAUUUAUAUCAUCAAAUGGAGCUUAAAUAUUUUUAGUAAUAAAAAGUACAAAAUAAGUAAUUAUGAGAUAAGCAUAAAAAGUUAAAGUUGUAAAAUAGGUUGAAUUAGGUUUUGCAGAUUUAUUUAGUUUAGAACCAGUUGAUUAUAAAUUAAGACCAUUUAGAUUAAAAAAAUAUUUGAGAUCAUAUCAAUCUAAUUUAGAAGAAGAUUAGAAAAUAUAAGCUAAAUUAAUAGAACUCAGUAAUGAAACAAAUAAGGAGGAAAAGAUUAUUUCUUUAACUAAUAUUUCUACCCAUUGUGAAUAAUUAUAUGACAGAAUAGUUUAAUGGAAACCUUUUGAUCUUAGAUUGAAUCUUAUUUUAAAACAAUUAGAAGUUGAUAUGAUCUUAAAACCUCUAGCUAUUGAUUUAAAUAUUGAUCAAAGUUAAGAGAAAGCUGAAAUAUUAAAUGAUGAACCAAUUUCAAUGUAAGAAUGGUAAUCCUAUUUUAUUUAUCUCGAAUGUAUAUUAUGUUUUGGAAAACAGAUAUAAUCAAUUAAAAAAAGUUCUUCUGAAGCAAAAGAAAGAUUAAAAGAAUUUGAAGCUUUUCUUUAUAAACUAGUUUUUAGAAAAGCUAUCAGCGAUGCUAAUGAACUUUGGUUUAAAAAAUAUAAAACUUUCUUUAAAGAUAUUACUAAUAAUCGAUCUAUUUUAUUUAAUAUUUGGGAUAGAUUAGAAAUUUAUCCUACAGCUCCUUAUACUGAAUUUUUUAUUCCACAAGGAGAUUAUGGAAAAUAAAUGUGGAGAAAAUAUGAAUUUAAUGAAAAAAAAUAAAGAUCAGAAUUUUUAAAUAUGGAAAAAAUUAAAUUAACUCAUGCCAUUGUCUUGAAACACAUUAAUAUAUAAAAAAUAUUACAAAGUUAAAUUGCUUUAUUUUAUAUUCCUAUUCAUGAUCCAUAUUAAUUAAAUGGAGAACCAAAAAAUCAAUUAUUUCAAACACUUGAAGAUAGUGAAUAUAUCAACAAACGUAAAAAUGAGUAAGCUUAAGGAGAAAAAAAACUUGAUGAAGUAUUAGUAUAAUUAAAAGCUCAUGCGGAAUCAACUGAUUAUGAUUGUAAAUCUGUUAAAGAAGAUAGUGCUUUUAAUUACAGAGCUCCUUGGCAUGUACCUAUUUAAACAUAUCGAGAUUAUUUUGGAGAAAAAGUUGCUAUUUACUUUUUAUUUCUAACUUUUUAUACUAAAUAACUAUGGUAUUUAUCUGUUGUUGGUGUUGUUUUUUAAGGUUUAUAAUCAGUAUCAACUGCAGGAUUAUAAGAUACUCUAACUGUAAUAUUUUCUUCGUUAAUUAUUAUUUGGAGUACAUUUUUAAUUGAAUAUUGGAGAUAAGAAUAAGUAAUAUUUAGUUUAUAAUUUGGUCAAUAAAAUAUUGAAUAAGUUGCUGCUGAAAGACCAGCAUUUUAAGGCAAAUUUAUUAGAUCUAUUACUUCUGAUGCUCUAAAUGAACGUUUUUAUUCUCCAUUUAGAAGAUAGAUGACAAAAUUAUGUGCUUUUGGAGUAAGUCUUUUAAUCAUAGGAAUGGUUGUUGGAUGUGUCAUAGGAAUUUUCUUUUUUAAAAAUAAGAUGAUAGAAGAUAAUUAAGGACCAUUACUUUCAUAAACUAUACCAGGUAUAUUAAUGUCUGUUUAAAUAAAUAUAUUUACAACUGUUUAUGCUAAUGUAGCAAAAACUUUCAAUUUUUUAGAAAAUCAUAAGAUUUUAUAAUCCUUUGAAAAUUCUUUAGUAGUGAAGAAUUUUAUUUUUAGAUUUGUAAAUAAGUAUUAUAAUGUAUAUUUAUAUUUAGUUUUAAUUCCUUCUUUCUUGUUUCAUUUUUAUCAGGGUUCUUUCCUAAUUUGAAUAUAUGUAAAGUUAAUGAAGAAAUAACAAACGAUUGUUUUUUAUUAUUAUCUAACUAACUUAGUACUAUUUUCUCUUCUAAUUUAACUGGUAGUUUACCUAAGUUAAUUGUACCAUUUGUUAAAGAAUUUUCAAUGAGGGUAUGAGAAUAUUAAUAAAAUUAGUAAAUAAAAAAUAAGUUAUUUGUAGAGAAACAAAAUACUCAUCCUUUUAAAUAUAUUGAUACAUAAAUUGAAGAUUAAUUAGGAUUAGAUCCAUAUUAAGAUGACAAAGAGGAAGUUGAUGGAAGUGUAUUAGACUAUUUAGAAAUAUCUAUCUAAUUUUCUUAUUUAAUAUUAUUUGGUGUAUCAUUUCCAGCAUGUUUUAUAAUGGCUUUUGGAUAAAAUAUUUUAAAAAUUUAAGUAGAUAAAUUGAAAUUUUUAAAAUUUGUUAGAAGACCAUUUCCUGAAGGAGCAUCAAGCAUUGGAAAUUGGUUAAUCAUUUUAGAUAUCAUAACAUUUUUAGGAAUAUUUGUAAAUGCAGGUUUGAUAGUUUUUACAUCUGGAUUUUUUACAAAAAAUUAAGAACUUAUUUUCCCAGCUAUUUUGGUGUCUUUUUUAGUUUUGAAAUAUAUAAUUAGAUUUGUUAUUCCAUCUUAUCCUGAAUCUGCUAGAAUAUUAACUGCACGUCAUCAAUGCAUAAUUGAAAAAUCAGUGAAGGUAUUACUAUUUAUAAUUAUAGGGAUUUUCUUCUUAAAAUAGCAAACCUAUGACUAAAACAAAUUUUUAUUCAAAAAUAGGAAAUGUUUCGUACGAAAAUGAUUUAGAUGAAUUUUGUAUAGAUGAAAGUGAGUAUUGGAGAAAUAAUAAAAAAAUACAUAAUUCACAAGGUGAUGAGGAAAAUAUAUAGGAAGUUUGA